AUGGAGUUUCGAACCACCCGCCCCAUCACUAGUUUAGCAUCUUCUAGUGAUUUCAGGGGUAUGGAUUUCGCACUUGUGUUCCGGGGAGUGGAGGCGUACCAGCACCUCAAGGAGCACGGGAGCAACCUCCCCCUGGUGGGCAGGGCGGUUUUCCUGCCGUCGGUGGAGGCCGCGGAGGGGGUGACGCGGUUCUUCCUCGUGGUAGUGCAGGCGCCUCUUCCCUCGGCGGAGAGCGUGGCCAACGUGGCGGAGGUGUCUAUGGACGUGGGGAAGCGGGGUCUCCGCGUGGCCUUCCGUGAGCUGUACUUCUACAUGGACCUGAUCGACCAGCAGAUGACGCGCACCAUGACUCGAGCACAGUGGGGUAUCCUCGGGUACGGCCCCUACGCCGACCUGCCCCUAGAGCGAAGAGAGGAGGUGGUGGACAGGGCGUGCGAGAAGUACCUGUCGCUGGAGCAUCCCAUACAGCGCUACGAGUUUCUGGCGCACAUCCGCUGGCACAACGCGGCCCUCCACGACGACCUGGUCCAAACGGGGCUGCUCCGGGCGAGAGCAAACACCAUUCGAGGAGUUGUGAUGCUGGCAUCAGCAGGGGAUGAAGAUGCGCAAGGCACCAGAUCGUCGGAGUCCACCGCUUCUGCUGCCAACCCGACCAGUGCUGGCGACCUUCCCGCGACCACCGCCACUGCAUCUUCCCCUUCGCCCCCCCCCUCCCCGUUUGCCGGCGAUGCCUGGCUGGAUGCGGACGCCGUUUGGAGAAGACAGAACGCGACUACCACAAGUUGCAAAAGCAGCAGGGUUACACCCGAGGACAACGGCGACAGCAAGAGAGAUGGUGACAAGCGCGCUUCUUCCUCCCUCCCCUGCCGCUACUACCUGGAGGGAGUGGUCACGGGGGAUGUUUCCGAGAGCCGUGUGGGGUGGUUUCGGAGAUCUGGGGGCGCGUGGACAUCCCUUCCGGCCGGAGAAGGGGACGGAGGGGGCCCGUGGGAAGCGUUCUCAGCCAGGGAGGCCUUCCGGAGAGCGGCCUCAGGCGGCGGAGGGAGGAUGGAUGACGAGGCCGCUGGUGGUAAGAAGAGGAGCAAGGUCUGGACGGACUUCGACGUUUGCCCGAUAAACGCGGCGUUCGUGUGCAAGCUCUGCCCGAAGGGUUGCAAGGUCGGCCGAAUCAAGAGGUGCGGCGGCACUUCGUCCAUGUCCAAGCACAUCAACGGUGUACACCGCGCGGAAGUUGUCGCUCGCGGCACGCCAACAACGGCCAGACCAUCCUGGACAUCACCAUCGAGACCGAAGAACCUCCCUGAAGUGGAUGCUUAUGGCGUACAAGCCGCUAGGGACCACGCUAAACCCGUGUUUCCGGAACAUGAUCGGUUCGGUGUCUGGGGUGAAGACUGCUGCGCGCAACCAGAUCAACGAGGAGCUCAACAGCAUGGAGGGUGCAGCGAAGUGAAGGGCGCCAACAACGCGGACGCAGGUGCCGCCGCGAAUCCAUCGACGGCGGCCCCCACCGUGGCCGCAGCGGCCUCGACCGCUUUUUCUGCAGCCGGCGUGCCCGCAGAAGGAGGAAGGGCGGGCGCGGCCGGGGCGGCGACACCCUCGGCGCCCACGGUGCCAGACCUCAUGAAGCAAUGCAACGACUUCUUCGAGGCGUACGACGAGUCUCCGAAGUUCGCCAAGUUAUUGGAGGCUUGCGCCGACUGGCUCCCGGUACAAUCGUACCCUCUCCAGAGGUGUGUGCGCGCCAGGUGGUGGUUGGACGUGACCAUGCUCGAAAGCUUGCUUUUCAACCGCCGGGCCAUGGAACUUGCCCUGAUGAAGAACGAGGCGCUUGUUCCCGACGCUGCCAAGAAGCUCGACUGGGGCUUCAUGGAGGCGGUGCUUGCGGUUCCGUUCGCUGAAGCGACCCGGACCAUGGAGGCCGACAAGCACCCGACAAUCGGUCUCGUGCUCGGGUUGGUGGCCUUGCGGCGGAAGCAGAUCGACGGUCUGCUGAAGAACGAGAACGGCGCCAUCCGCGCCGCGGCCCGGAACAUGAGCAUCGAGUUCGGUCGAAGGUACACCAUCGACCCUUCCGCCGAGACGCUGGGCACGUCCGGCUGCAAGAAGAUUCACUACGCCGCUGCGGUCCUGGACCCCAGAGCGAAGGGGAUGCUCAUGGAGGAAAAACUCGCAAAGGAGUUCGACAUCGCCUCGUACCUGGACGAGGAAGAGGAGGAGAUGGGAGAGAGCGUGGGAGCGACGGAGACCGGUGCAGCCCAAGCGGGUGGAGGCAAGAGCGGCGGCAUCACCGGUGGCAAGGGCGCGGGGCAAGCGAACAAGAAGUCGGUGAUGGCUCGCCUGUUCGACUCCGACUCGGACGACGAGGAGGAUGCCGAGGUUGAGACACGGAGCAGCAAGGGCGACUCCCUGCCUCUGCCUCCUACGGAACGGUCCAAGCGCAAGGAUCAGUACCUGGCUCAGAUCCGGUGGGAGGUGCUGAGGUACCGCGCCCUCGACAAGAUCGACAGCGAGGCCGACCCUUUGCUGUGGUGGGAGCAAGAGCAACAACGCUGGUCGUUCCCUUUUCUUCGGGAGCUGGUGAUGCGCGUCCUUUGCGUGCCGGCGUGUUCUGCGUCGUCGAAGCGGGUCUUCUCCAAGACGGGGCUCGUUGACAACUCGAAGCGCGCGCGGCUCAGGGGGAGCAGGGUGGCGCCGCGGCUGACCAUUCGCGGUGCGGUUGCCUGCGGGCUCCUCGACAAAUACUGCUGA